AUGGAUGAUUUUGCUAUUUUUGUCCCACUCAUUCAUUCGCAUCUAGAAGUUGUGCCUUUAACUGUACAGCUAAAGCUAAAGUUAGCUCAGUCCUUCCUAGCCUGCUAAGAUAUCUUAGGAACAAAUCACAGUUUUCAGCAACCUAACAACUCCUGUGAUCAGGCUAGGCCGCUUACUAGGUUACCGUUAGUUGACGUAUUACUUUUUACCAGUGACUUCUUAGGCCAUAUCCUAUUCCAUUACUGUUCUCAUACAGAGUCCAUAGCAGAAGAACAAUGUGCGUCAGUUAAAGCCUUCCCCCUCCCCUCUAGGCAGUGUGAGAUUGGGUCUGCCCUGGCGGAGGAAUGUGUUUUUCUGGAACGGGGUGAAACAGCACUGCGGGCCCCAUGAGUGCAGGAGGCUGGACCAGAGCUCAGAGAUUAGCUGGGACUCAUGACCAGGACCUCAGUCCUCUUAGCCCCACGGCCAACAUGGACGACUUCACCACCCGCUCCUACGGCACGGGCACGCUUGACAACCGGCCGCUCUUCGGGGAAACCUCCGCCCGGGAUCGAUUCACUAACCUGGCCAUUGGUGGAGUCACGUCACUGGUUGUCAUUGUCACCAUCAUCAGCUCCUUUGUCUUCCCUGCUCCACCUCCCAAAGCCCUCAACAUCUUCUUUGGGGUCUGCAUCAUCAUGAUCUGUUCCUCAGUGCUAGUAUUGAUAUUUUGGUACCGCCAGGGAGACUUGGAGCCCAAGUUCCGAAACCUCAUCUACUACAGCAUCUGUUCCAUCAUCCUACUGUGCCUCUGUGCCAAUCUGUACUUUCACGACGUUGGCAGAUGAAAAACACUGACAUUGCCUUAAACCAAACUGCACUGAGAGAAAAUAUGAAUCCCUGGAAAGGCUUUGUUUUCCAUAUGGGGGGGGGGUGGUCAAAUAAUCAAGCAUAGACAAACUGUUUUAUUGUCAAAUGUCUUGAUAAUAAUGAGUGGUGUGAAGAGUGAAGAACGUAUGACAUGACUUUAGUUUGGCACUUUGAAACCUCAGGAGUAUAAAUAUGUAUGCUUAGAGAUCCAUAUAGAAAGACUGUCCCCACAGGUCUUAGUUUAGUCUGUUUAGGAAGUAAUUCCUAGUGUUUCAGAACAGACUCAGGCUACCCUUCGUAAGCUAUAUCAGAUAACUGCUGGGACAAUAAGUGGGACCAAUGCUGCUGAGAGUAGGAAGUAGAGAGCCAUCACUUUAAACUUUGUGUAUAUAUAAUUUAUAAUUUUGCUAGCAAAAGAGUUGGCAUAACAGACACUUACACUAAAUGUAAGAAGUUCUCAUGUAAAAGCCACAGCAAUACAGCAAUGUAACAGUGGAAAUAAAGGUACUUUGAAACGUAUUCUUUUGUCCCUGGGGGUCUUAUGUGAUGCUCGCCCUCUGGUGGUC